ACGCACGCCGUCGCCGAACUGAUGACAGUUGCCACGUAAAUUAUGUCAUGGAGGGUUCAAGGCGUUACUUCAGUGACUAAAUUCGGCCAUUUUAACAUGGUGCAGAAUUAAAUUCAAAGGAAGGAUGUUAAAUUGAUUACUGGUAAGCACUGCUGGUUCAUCAUUUACCGUUCGAAAAAUCCACAGGCAAAAAUUUGUGAAAAAAAAAACAAGGAAAACAUGUUAGGUUGAAAGCCAGUUUCUCCAACCUCAGGAUUGAACAACCCAAUUUUUUUUCUAAUAUAUUUUUUGAGCAUUUUCAGUUUUAUGAAUGGAUAUACCAAUAAGGAAACCUGCCACUGAAAAGCACGUUGGUGAAGGCUAGUACUGGAUAAAAGCGCUUUGUUGAGUUUUGUUUCCUUGUCUACAAGAGACUCCGUUGUCAUGAACGGUCAUCAAAAUGGUGUCAGUUAUAGCUAUAAGUCCAUUUUGAAGUUGCCUGUGUAAACGACUUCAUACUUUAAAGAAAGUGGAAAUUAUAUAAAUAGAAAUAUGUUUUUACUUUAAGUAUUCCCCUUUGAUUAGCCUGCCAUCAUGAUAGUAAGUGCUAUGAAACCAAGACAUGUCGGUAAUCGGAGUCAACGAUUUGAAGGAAAAAAACAGAACAUAGGCCUAGGUACAAGAAUAAAAAUGAUUAAAAAGCCAUAUUGUGUCAAGCUCAUUCAAGAUUUAACUGUUAAAAUAUCAUCUUCCAGCGAAAAUUAAAGUUUGAAAUUACUAGGUAGCCAAGAAGGAUUCAGAAAUUUAUUGAAAUACUUAAUUUUAAUCUUUGGAAAGUAAAGUGUUCUGGAUUGGCUGUUCAGAAACCACGGGGGCUGCUAAAGUGAAAAAAUCCAAUCAAACGGGAUUAAGCCACGGAUGCUGUAGUGCUAAAGUGAAUAUAUGCAAUCAAACGGGAGGUCCUUCAUAAUCAAUCCAUCAUUCAGAACUGUUACUUUUCGUUCAUCAGACGAGGAAUAGUUCGUACUUUUCAUAAUACUUCGUCUGCAAUUCUUGAGGGAUCCCACGACGCCGAGACUUCUUCCAAAACGAUGACCGUAUAGCGAGUGGUAGCAGCUGCUAAUAAAGUUAGUACUAUCAGUCCACUAGCAUUUGGACAACCGUGGCACAACACUGAAGACAUAAUUAAAAGGUUUAAAAGCCAUUCCGUUGCAUCGAGAUUUUAAACGGGACUUUAAUCUAAAAUAUUUGGGAGUACGUAAUGCCGAACCAAAGCAACCUGGUGUUACACGUCCUGAUAUUGGCUUUUUGCGUGCUUUUCGUCUUGCAUUACGUCAUCAGACACUAUGAGGACAUCACGACGUGGGAGGCUUCGAAAUGCGCUGAUGAAUGCUUAGAAAGGUACUUUUCUGGUCCUCCGAGGACCAUAAAGGACCCAGAUGUCAUAAGCCUGGUGAAGGACCGGUAUCUAGACCCACCGCCCUCCGAUCCGGAUACGACGCCUUACGACAUAUACCGGCCGGUCUGGAGGAAGCUGGUCGACUGGUACAAAGUCCAAGAGAACCUGAGGGAGAUUUGGAAGGACCGGGCACCAGGGACCUUCGUGGAAGUCGGGGCCGCCGACGGCGAAUUCAUGAGCCAGACGUUGAUGCUGGAACGCAACCACGGCUGGGAAGGGCUGCUCAUCGAGCCGGACCCGAGGUCCUACAAGAUUCUGAGAGAGCGAAAGCGGAACGCCUGGACGACGCCCCUCUGCGUCCAUCUGGAUCUGAUAAGCAGCAUGAAGUUUUGGCUGAGGGACCUCGAAGAGGAUUUACCAGAGCAUUUCCUGCAGCUGCUGAUGGCUAGGAGUAAGCUAGAAACUGAGACACUGACAGGGGACGAAGAGAGAGGGCGAACCAUCCGCGUCAAAUGCAUGGCCCUCACCCCCAUACUCAUGGCCGCCAAUAUGACGUCAAUAGACCUACUGGCCGUGGCGACAGGCUCAGACGGCGACGAAGUCAGGGUAAAAGAUGUCCUCAGAAGUAAAGUUCUAGACGUCAAGGGUCUUCUCAUCCAUUUCCCAACAGGGCGCCUUUUCAGGGAGCCAUACCCUGUAAUACCCGGUUACAUACUCGACAUGGAACAUUCGACUCUCAUGGUCAAGCUGUACUUCAAGAGGAAGCACUGCCAUCUCGUAAGUGACAAGACGUGCCGGAAGAUUCAUUAUUUUGACGUGACUGAGGCCUGCAAAGAAUAUCUCUGCCUCGGUUUCCUGACUGUGUGGACACAUCAGUAAGGAACUAUUGUAUUUUAGCAAAAAUGACCAGAUUUUGGGCCAACCACUCAAACUCAUCUCUUUGAAGGUUUGCAAUUCUGCAUCUGUCUAUUGUCUUCUACUCUCUCACUGCCACAUCAGUAUUUUCUCACGUGAUUGCUACUGUCUUCAAACAUGGCUUGCUUGAUAGUUGUUGGAUAGGGUCUAAUUUAGCUCAUAAAAAUGUGAAUUCCAUCUUAGUAAAUAAUUGGUCAUUGUCCGUACAUAACGUAAAACUAGUAAGCAGUAGUUUUAUAUAUUGGUAUCCACUUAUCUUAAUUAUCUCAACACGUAGAAUUCCUUAUGAAGUAGCUGUAGCCUUAGCAAGAUUUUGUCUUGCUUAGAAUACCAUAGUAUGCGUCUUCACUUGUUUGUUUCAACUGAUAUUGAAAGCAAAUUUACUAAAGUUUCUUUGCCUAGAACCCCGAACUUUUAUCAUUAUUUAAAAGAAAGAGUUUUGUGGCCUAGUAAAUAACUCCAUUCGCUGAGGAAAAUCAUUAGUGGAGAUUCGAUGAAGUUAAAUCAGCGACAAUAACCAAGAAUGUCCUUUCAUUUGGCGUUUAGUUACUUGUUCAUUAUGUUGCGCUAAUACAUCGUGGCUGCGCGUUUUAACUAAAAUUGCAUUCGUCAUGGUAACCUAGAUUCAAAGCUGAAACUUAGAUCAGUCGUGGAAUUCCAGGAGAUUUUCCAGAAAUAAAAAAAUAUAUACUGUUGAAAAUUGAAGACUAUCUACACGUUCUAAUAAACAUCACAGGUUGUUCGAAACCCCUUGCUUUUUUCCAUAACCAGUUAAUGAUAUACGAAAUGCUGAUUUCCUUUUUUUAUGCUAUUCAGAGAAUGUCAGCUUGUGACUGUUUUGAUCAUCGAAAGUUUGUUGCUGAAGUUUUGAAAAUAUCAGUUUAUUUCUGUACUCUGUAUCGUCUUCAGACAGGUUUAGACCAUUGACAACCAUGAAGUAUUGUAUCUCGUUAGACAGUGAAAAAAAAAAAGUUUUGUAUAUCACUACAUAGUAUAAAAAAUAAAAAGAAAACUUGAUAUA